UGUGCUCUGUUAUUCUCCCUCACACGAGUCACAAGAACAGAGAGUUUACUCUUCAAUGGCGACACCAGUCAACCACAGUACCUUCUUCAUCGACGCCGCCGCGCUCCGAUCAAUCCUAACCCACAAAACCCUGAUCAACCACUUCGAAACCACCCUUCCAACCGCAUCAUCCGCCGUUGAAUCUCCAAUUCGCCACUCUCAUCAAACAUCACCUUCCUCUUCUCUCCUCCUCAUGCCUUCCUUUUCCGCCUCCUCUUCUCUCCCCUACAUUGGUGUUAAGCUCGUCACUUAUCAUCCUUCUAAUUCCUCCGCAAAACUCCCCGUAAUUCACGCCAACUAUACUCUGUUUAGUUCUGUCACAGGUCAGACACUGGCUUCUAUUGAUGGUUCCGAAAUGACUCUUUAUCGGACAGCCUGUGUUUCGGGUUUAGCUGCUCGGUAUUUGUCGAGAGAAGACUCGAGAACUCUGGUUAUGGUCGGGGCUGGUGCGAUGGCUCCUCAUUUGAUCAGAGCUCAUUUGAGUGCUAGGCCUGGUUUGGAUAAGGUGAUCAUUUGGAAUAGGACGGUGGAGAAGGCGAUGGCUUUGGUGGAAAUGUUGGAAGGGGGAUUUGAAGGGGUGAGUUUUGAGAGUAGCGGGUGUUUGGAUGAGGCUGUGAGGGUUGGGGAUAUUGUGAGCUGUGCGACGAAUUCAGAGGUGGCAUUGGUGAUGGGGAAGGAAUUGAAGAGGGGAGCUCAUUUGGAUUUGGUUGGAUCGUUUAAGCAUUCGAUGAAGGAGUGUGAUGAUGAGGCGAUAAGGCGUGGGAGAGUGUUUAUUGAUAAUGAGGCUGCAUUGGUCGAGUCUGGAGAAUUGUUGGGUGCAUUCGAGAGGGGGGUGAUUUGCAGGGACGACAUUGUGGGGAAUUUGGUGGAGUUGAUCAGGGGCGACAAGGCUGGGAGGAAGGACUCAACGGAGAUUACCAUUUUCAAGUCUGUUGGUUCGGCUCUUGUGGAUCUUCUAUGUGCUCAGUUAGUGUAUGAGAGUUACAAGAAUGCUCCAACUUCAUCAACAUAAUCAGUUUUGUGGGGUAUUUAGAGUGUAUACGCUUCAUAUGUCUAUUUAAUCUUUUAAAAAUCAUGAAUAACCAUGUCGAAUCUGCAUGUUUUAAGCUUCUAUCAGGAGAGAUGUGUUGAGAUAUUCAAGUUUCAUUUCUGCUUGAUUCUCUUAC